CAGCACAUCCGCAAGCGCAGACGAAUGGACGUCGCCAUCACCAACAUCACCACGACAAGAGACCGCCCAGCCUGAAGACGGCGGCCGAUGCGGAGCGCAGCACGAUGAGCUACUACUUUGCCAUUGUCGGCAGCCAGGACAACCCCCUCUUCGAAUAUGAGUUCGGCACCUCGAAACAAGGCGGCGACGGCCAGUCGCGCUUCACCGACCAGGUGCGGCACCUGAACCAGUUCAUCCUGCACUCGAGCUUGGAUAUCGCGGAGGAAGUCCAGUGGUCACAUGGCCAGAUGUAUCUCAAGUGCAUCGACAAAUUCUUCAACAACUACAUCUCCUGCUUCGUCACCGCGGGCAACGUCAAGUUCCUCCUACUACACCAGCCCAUCGUCCCGACGUCUGGUGGCUCGUCGCGGUCAUCGACGGCCAUUGGCGCCAACCCCACGAGCCCAGCGACCGAGGAGGCCAUCAAGAUGUUCUUCACCGAAGUGUAUGAGAACUGGGUCAAGGCCAUCAUGAGCCCUUUCUAUAAGGCCAACAUGGAAGUCAAGAGUCCCAUAUUCCGGACGAGGGUAGCAGCGGCGGGGAGGAAGUAUUUGUGAUUCAACUGUUAUGAUACCAAGACAACGAU